GACAACAGUGCGCUACGCUAACAUCAUGUCGCUUCUUUGUGGUGCGUUAUUCGUUCCCACAGUGGAGCCGUGAGGAAAAUACAUGACCUGCUUAUUUUGUGUGUUUAGUGUGAUUGGAUAUAUGAGUUGUCUAGGAUGACACAUUUAAUAGCAAUACAGCUAGCAUAGGAACUUAGGGUUGAUAGUUUAUUGCUGUGGCAGCAGCGCUCAUUCAAUUUUUUAGCAUGCUAGCAAGUUGGUGUUAGCACACCCACCUGAACUAUGUAUCAAAGGAUAAAUGCACAGUGUCUGUAACGUGAAACCAGAUCAUAAAGACACAACUUUGCAUGGGUGUAGCUUACUGCAUUGUUUACGGAAUCACCAAAAGUGAAAAUGAUGAGGAAUAACAAAGGAGACACUAAACAUAACGUUAGAACUACCCGCCGGAGGAAGGAUGUGCACAAAGAUGUAUCGUUAACUGGCGCGAUUGUACCAGAGACCCCGGAGUCCAAACGGCCCAGUGGACCAGGGUCCAGCUGUAUUGUGCUGGAUUCAGAUCCGGGGGCAGACACGUCUGACACCGACCUGUCGGGGAGCUCACUGUUCAAAGACAAAGAGCAGGAGCAGUCUGACAAGAAUGUGAUUGUUCUGUCAGAUCAAUCAGAAGAGACUGAAGAUAGUGCAGAUGAGGUGAGCCCCUCAUCGCCUCAAGUCUCCACAAAAUGGUCAGGAGAAUCAGAGGCAGCCUGUAAAAGGAAAUGGGAGAUAGACGAGUCGCAGCCGAGUUCUGAUUUGCUCCCCAGAAAAAAGCGGAAGCCAUCCGUGACCGACGAUUCAGAGAACGAGGGCCCAGAGCCCACCUGGAAGGAGCAGGAGGACAUGGUGAAGAAACUGCAGAUCCACUUCCCUCACCUGGACAAGGAGGGACUGAGGGAUGUGCUGCAUGAACAUGACUGGCUGUAUGAGGACACACUGGAAGCUCUGCGGAUGUUCUCUGAAGAAGCCGAGGUGCCUGCGGAGAACGAUGCUCCUUCCCCCAAACCCUCCAGGCGUGACGUGUCCCCUCCCUCACGGUCCAGCAUCACACGGACGGCGUCCCAGCCCACUAAAGCCACGCCCAAACCUACGCUGGAGCCGUCCAGCCCGAAAAGACCUCACAGAACCGCAGAGGAGGUCCCACAGAACGGAACCAGAGUGCUGCGGAAACGGAACCCGCGGCCUGUGGUGAGCUACGACUUGGACUCUGACAGCGAUGGUGGUGUAGCCAAGGCCGUCAGUGACUUUGAGGCGUUGACGUCAGACUCUGAUUCGGAGGGCGAGGGCAGCCAGCGCCUGACCGCGCAGACGAAACAGAUCUUGGACUUCUUCCAGGAGGCGUCCAUGGAGGAGCUGUCGCUCAUCGAAGGCUGCUCGGCCAAGAAGGCCCUGAAGAUCGUGGAGCUCAGGCCUUUCAAGAAUUGGCGAGACCUGGAUAAGGCCCUGAGCGGCGGUAACGGGCUGUCGAUGGAGCUUCUGGCGGGCUGCCGGGAGGUGUUGCGGGAGCGGGACGUGGUGCAGCGCCUCAUGGGCCACUGCGAGGAGAUCGCCCAGAAGAUGAGCCGCGACGUCACCCAGGUGCUGGAGAGCGGCACAGGGUCCAUGGAGCAGCCACGCGUCCUCAACGACACGUUCAAGCUGAAGCCGUACCAGCUGGUGGGACUGCGUUGGCUCACCCUGCUUCACCAGCACAACCUCAGCGGCAUCCUGGCAGACGAGAUGGGUUUGGGGAAGACCAUUCAGGCCAUCGCCUUCCUGGCCAGCUUGUAUCAGGAGGGGAACCGCGGGCCACACCUCAUCGUUGUGCCUGCCUCCACACUAGAUAACUGGGUGCGUGAGCUGAAUCUGUGGUGCCCCAGCCUUGAGGUCCUCGUUUAUCACGGCACGGCCGAGGAACGCCGCUUCACCCGAUACGAGGCCCUCAACAACAUGGUGGAAUACAACAUCAUCGUGACCACGUACAACAAGCGAUAAGGAACUCAAGUGACAGAGGUCUGUUCAAUAGCUGAAGCUUCUGGGUAUGCUGUGUUUGACGAGGGCCACAUGCUGAAGAACAUGAACUCACUGCGCUAUCGCCACCUCAUGGCCAUCAACGCGGAUCACCGGCUGCUGCUGACAGGCACGCCCCUGCAGAAUAACCUUCUGGAGCUCAUGUCCCUGCUCAACUUCAUCAUGCCCUCCAUGUUCUCCAGCUCCACCGCCCAGAUCGCCCGCCUGUUCUCCAUGAACUCUUCUGAAGGGCAGAGCAGCUUUGAGAGGAAGCGCAUCACCCACGCCAAGCUCAUUAUGAAGCCUUUCAUCCUCAGACGCGUCAAGAGUGAGGUGCUGAAGCAGCUGCCAGCUAAAGAGGAGUCUGUGGAGUUCUGCCCCAUGAGCGCCAAGCAGCAGCAGCUCUACAGCGCCCUCAUCAGGAAGCUGAAGGGCACCACCACCAAUGGAGAGAAGCGUGAGCUGACCAAUGCGAUGAUGCAUCUGCGCAAGAUGGCCAACCACCCGCUGCUGCACCGUCAGUACUACACCUCUGAGCGCCUGACCACCAUGAGCAAACUCAUGCUGAACGAGCUGACCCACCGGGACUCGGACCCGGUCCUGGUGAAGGAGGACAUGGAGGUGAUGUCGGACUUUGAGCUGCACCGGCUAUGCCAGCAGUACUCUGCUCUGAGGGAGUGCAAGCUGGGCUCUGACCUGCUGCUGGACUCCGGGAAGCUGCACUUUCUCACAAAGCUGCUGGCGUCCCUCAAAGAGGAGGGGUCCCGAGUAGUGCUCUUCAGCCAAUUCACCAUGAUGCUCGACAUCCUCGAAAUCUUCCUCAAGCAUCACAGCCACCGCUACAUCCGAUUGGACGGCUCAACGCCCAUGGCUGACAGGAUUGGCCUGAUCGACGAGUUCAACACGGACCAGGACAUCUUUGUGUUUCUGUUGUCAACCAAGGCAGGGGGGCUGGGCAUCAAUUUGACUUCUGCCAACGUGGUCAUCUUACACGACAUCGACUGCAACCCGUACAAUGACAAACAGGCAGAGGAUCGUUGCCACCGCGUGGGUCAGACAAGGACAGUGAAGGUGAUCAGGCUUAUCAGCAAAGAUUCCAUAGAGGACGGUAUGCUGCGCAUCGGACAGAAGAAGCUCAAACUGGAACAGGACAUGACCGCCUGCGAGGGUGAGGAGGAUAACAUAUCCGACGAUAUGGCCUCUCUCCUGAAGGCAUCAUUGGGACUGUAACGGCUGUAACAUUUUUGCUGAAGGUAGCAAAUCUCUAGUGUGUAAAUGCCAGAUAGGAGGCAUGUUGACAGUUGUAAGAUACAAGAUACAAGUGUUUUUAUUUCAUUGUUUUUUUUAUUUUU